UUUAAAAUAGAACUUUUAGAAAUAUAAAAAUAUACUGCGAUUCCGUGUGUCUAGUUUAAUUAUUUGUAAUUUGCUAAAAUGGCGCGUGCAGUUCUUUGCAUGGCCGUUGCUUGCAUUAUAGUGCAAUGCGUACUCUCUGCGAAAUUUGAUGCAGAGAAUCGUCGUCUCAUUCUCGAUAUUAAAGAUCAAAAAACCACAAAUAAUCAAUAUUAUUCGUCAAACUUUGACACGAAUGCCUAUCGUUACGGUUACGAUAUCGGUAAAACUGGUAAUUUCCAUCAUGAAACUCGUGGUCCUGAUGGUGUUACUUAUGGCUGCUAUGGCUACAUCGAUCCCUAUAAUCAUUUACGUGCCACACAUUAUGUUGCUGAUUCGCACGGCUACCGUACAGUUGAACCAGAAAAGCCCGUUGAAGUAUUUCCAGUGGCUGAUGGUGCCGGCUUAGGAGUGUUACUGCAAUGGCAUGAAUUAUACUUCCCAAUUGGCUGCGGUAAAUUCGAGGGUGGCGUGCGUCCUGAAAUUCCCUACUUCAUAGUGGAUGAAUCAAAACCACCAAAUUACACACCAGGUUUUUCGAAAUUCUCUUCUAACGUCUUAAAGGGCUCUGAUCAAAAAAGUUUACCCAUACGUUAUGGCGAUGGUACUUCAAAACGUGUCUCUGUAAGCACAGGUCUUUUUGAUACUGGCAAAGGUCAUACAUAUACACAUACGCCUGGCGUAGGCGCACCAUCAUCGCAAUCAAUUGCAGCACUUAGACCAGGUGGAAAUGGAAACUACAAUGAUAAUUCAGGACAAUAUGUACAUGUAGAUAACCCUUAUGAUCACAUUGUAGGAGCUCAGGGUACAGAUAAUAAUGAUCAAGGCGGCGUUGGCGGCGUUGGAGGAGUAGGUGGUUUCGGUGGUAAUGGUGGUAAUGGAGGUUUUGGACCAAAUGGACCCAAUGGCCCUGGAGGCCCAGGUGGACCCAAAGGUCCUAAUGGACCACCAGGCCCUAACGGACCACCUGGUCCACCUGGACCACCAGGUCCUUAUGGCCCAACUUCACCAGGUAGCUUUGGACCACCAGGACCACCCGGACCACCAGGCAAAACAUAUCCAGGACCCCCCGGACCUCCAGGACCUCCAGGACCAACUGGUCCUGGAACCCCAGGAAAACCAUAUGAUUACCCCAUAGGCAAUGGUUUUCCUGGGGUCGUCGGAUACGAGAAAGAUAACGGUAAUUAUAAUGAUAGUGAUGAUCGCUUUAAAGGUAUUAAUGAAAGUAAAUAUCUACACGAUGAUUCUGGAAAAUAUGUUCAUUCCGAUGAUGGCAAAUAUGUUCAUAUUGAAGGCCCAACAGGUCCACCAGCACCCCCAUAUGUUCAUAUUGUAGGACCAAAUGGCGGUGAAGGCGGUGUUGGCGGUGAUGGUAGAGGUGGUGGUGUCGGACCAGGCGGACCCGGAGGACCAAAAGGUCCUGGCGGACCAAAAGGACCACCCGGCCCACCCGGACCUCCCGGACCACCCGGACCACCAGGCCCAAAGGGACCAACUAAACCAGGACCAUACGGACCAUAUGGACCACCCGGCCCACCCGGACCAAACGGACCCACUAAACCAGGACCACCAGGACCACCCGGCCCACCAGGACCAACCAGACCAGGACCACCAGGCCCACCAGGCGGUUAUCGUCCAGGACCACCCGGUCCUCCAGGCCCAACUUAUCCAGGACCACCUGGCCCAAUAAAUCCAGGUCCUCCAGGUCCCCCAGCUCCCCCAAAAGAUCCCAGAGAUUCACAUUUCCAUCAAGACGGCUAUUUGCCACCAGUUCAUAAUGGUAAAGUAAUUACUUCUACUAUUAAUAAUUCAUUAAAUACUGGGGUAAUACCACCUCAAGUAACGAAAACAACCACUACCACAACCAAUACACAAACAUCUUUUGUGCCAAAAUAUACAAAAAAUAAUGUAACCACUUCCACCACUACUACCACAAUAACAAAUUCAAAUAAGCAAACUUUUUUCAGCAAUGUUAAUAAAACUAUACUAACCUCAAAUCCUCCUUUUUCUCCUCCUAAAACAAUCACUACAACCACCACAAACAAAUUUGUUCCCGUGAAUCCACCAACCAUAUUCCACACAACAAACACAAACACUGAACAACACCAGGGCGUCGUAAUUGAGCAGAGCAAACCAUUAAAGACCAUUACAACAACGACCACAACUACAAAUCAAAAUUCUGGUAAUAAAUUUGGCUUUAAUAUUGAUAAAACUGUAACAAAUACACACAAUACUAACACACACACAUAUACGAACCCACAGACUGUAGAAAAGAUUACUACCACAACAAAUACCUUCCACAAACCAGAAACACAUACUGUAGAAAAAAUAACAAAAACCUACACAAAACCUCAAACAGUAGAAAAAGUAGUCACGACUAACACUUACCGUACGGACACGAAUACGUACACCAAACCGCAAAUAGUUGAGAAGGUCACCUCCACUAACACAAAAACCUUUAACACUAAUACUUUCACCACUAACACAAAUACAUUUAGCAAUCCACAAGCGAUUGAAAAAGUGAAAUAUACACCGCCAUUCCCAAUUGAGAAUCAACACAAGAUUGUCGAAAAGGUUACUGAAACCUAUGUACAUCCGGAAACUCCUAAAGGCCAAAUAACAGCAAAUUUUGUCAGCAACUAUGAUAGCAAGUCUCAAGAUAGGUAUAACAAGAAGACGACCACGACAACGACAUCUAAAGAAAAUACUAACAUCUUAACCAAUACCAAAACAAAUUCUAAUGUAACACCUCGUCCCAAUUCUACCCCAUUCCAUGUACAGAACAAUGAAAACUCGUGCUCAUGUAAUUCGGAUAAGACGCACUCAUCAAAAACCACAACAACUUCAACCUUUUCCUCCUCCUUCAACAAACCUACCUCCAACAAUCAAGAUUUCACCACCUCAACCGGUUUCACCGGUCAGGCGAAUUUUGGCAGCAUAAUGAACUCCAUGUCUUUGCUACAACAAUUACCAGUCUUUCCAGCUGCACCCGGUUAUCCAGUAUCUUAUUCACCAGAUAAAAUACCCAAAGGUGCAGUUGUUGCUUUUAUGCCAGUAGUAAUAUUACCACCAGAAGCGUAUACCAAUUGCGAUGAUAACAAUCACCAGUUCCAAUACAAUAUCGAUUCCACACCAUUAGGAGUGCAACCAUCCGCUAUACCUUUCAGUUUUGGCCUAAACUCACUGUUUGCGGGGGGUGCACGUAAAGAUCAAUGCAUGUGUCCAUGCUCAUGUACGCAAAAUAUACCAGAGAGAUUACAUAAAAAACGGGACGCAGACACAAACGACAUACCAGUGCCUGAAGUAGUAGCUGAGGAGACAAAACAGGAUGAGACUAAGGUUAAUAUCGACGAUAAAAACGAUUUAGGCACUACUGAAUUGCGCAGCGACGGCGCUGAGGAAAAAUUACAAGUAGAAGCGACAAACGAAAAACCUUCAACGACCACAGCGACUGCUAAUGAUGACAAAGCAGCAUUGGUUUAGAGACUUAAGUAGUAGUGCCAGUCGCUGUUGAUGAAACUUUGUGAACCAAUUAACAAAAAUUAAAAAAGACUAGAAAUGACGAAACGAUUUAAAAUUGAAAUUCCUGUUUACCCGUUAACCGUUUCUUGUAUCCAAUAUACAAACCUUCUGCAAUAAAACUUGCUUAGUCCCAACAUUCGACAACGGUUACGCACGUUCCUUACAAAUCAAUCCUAGUCCAAUAUAUCCUGUUAAAAAAAUCUCCAAAUAUCCUGCCCGUUCCUGUUCUGUUCCCGCUCCGUCCUGCUUCAUGAUCCCGUGUAAUCCUUAACAAUGUUGCUCAUACUAACUAUGAGAUUAAAUUGAUAUUAGUCUUUUAAGCUCUUUAUCUAACCAUAAUAUAAAUAAGAUUUAUAUCAAAGAAAACUUUAACGAAGUCAAAUAAAAUGGUUACGAUAAUGUUAAUGAUAAUGAUAAUGCUGAUUAUGAAGUACAUUAUUAUGUUGUUAUAAACAAAAACUUUUGUAAAUUCAAAAUUUUUCCUCUAUUGUAUAUUUUUGUU